AAGGUUUACUAAUAUUGCUAAUUUAUUAUCCAAUCCAGCCCUUUAAGCGCUUAGAGCAAGAAAACCCACAGAGAAAGGCAAAAAAGAAAUGGCUUGUCAGCUCCUGCUAACCGACUUCACUCUCCCUCUCAAAAGCCUCAAGCUUUCUCACUCGGGUCAGCGGCUAAAAGGAAGGUCCAUUGGCUCACAAAAAGUUUCCGCGACUGUUGCUUACUAUGGCCUAAAGACCCCUCCUUAUAACCUUGAUGAUUUAGAACCAUAUAUGAGUAAGAGGGCAUUGGAAGUGCAUUGGGGUGUGCAUCAUCGUGAUUUUGUGGAUAACCUGAAUAAACAGCUUGGGAAAAGUGAUAUACUGUAUGGCUACACCAUGGAUGAACUUGUCAAAGCAACAUACAACAAUGGGAACCCCUUACCUGAGUUCAACAAUGCAGCAGAGGUGUGGAACCAUGACUUCUUUUGGGAGUCAAUGCAACCUGGAGGUGGGGACAUGCCCAACCUUGGUUUACUUGAGCAGAUUGAAAAGGAUUUUGGGUCAUUCACAAACUUUAGAGAGAUGUUUGUGGAAGCAGCUCUUUCACUUUUUGGCUCUGGCUGGGUUUGGCUCGUUUUGAAGAGGCAAGAAAAACGGCUUGCAGUAAUAAAAACGUCGAAUUCAAUCAAUCCGAUUGUGUGGGAUGACAUUCCUAUCCUUAAUUUGGAUAUGUGGGAGCAUGCUUAUUAUUUGGACUACAAGAACGACAAAGCGAGAUACGUAAGCACAUUUAUGAACCACCUUGUGUCUUGGAACGCUGCAAUGAUACGCAUGGCACGAGCAGAGGCAUUUGUGAAUUUAGGCGAGCCUAAAAUUCCCAUCGCUUGAAAAUAACCUUGUCUUGAAGCUUUAACCCCCCUGACUAAAAUGCAACUGGUAAGCUUCCCACUUUGACUAAGAGAGUUACAAUGGUCAUGGGUUUUCUUGCUUGUGCUACAUCACGAAGUUACUCGAACCGUGCAAAUUAACCGCAGCCCACGUUUGCGCUAGGGGUUUCAAUCCUGAUACGAGCCCAAUUGCAAGGUACGAGAUACGAAUCCGACAUAAGAAAGUAUGGGAUUUUUGCUAGUUUUUAGGGUAAGGGGUCCUUUAAAGGCCCACAUCAAAAUCCUGGGUUAAUGUUCUGCCGUUAUACUAGAUGUAAAGUAGGGAUAGUCGGUUGGGAACCGGAUUUAAUCCAGUUGAUUUGUAUAUUUCUCUUUGAAAUGUGGCAUCUGACAAAUUUGAGAUUCGAAAUUUAGUUCAUCUGGUAUAAAAUAAGAUGCAUCCAGAAGCAUGUUUCAAUUUGA